UUUUCAUCAUAGCGUGCCACAGAAAAGGGCCCGGGAGGCGCCGUUAAUAUAUAUCCGUCGUUGUUCGAGUAUUUUCGAGAAACUUCUUCUGGUCUUUGUUAUUCCUGCGACCUGAAAAUCGCCAGUUCCCAAAAUCGUAAUGUGGUGACGUCAUAUGACUGCCCAUUCAGACAUGUUCGGCUUUGGCCUCUUCCGUCCGUCCCAAAUCCAGCUCAUCAACAGCGACAGAGGCGCACAGGAAGUUCAUCAAGUACCCUGCCUAUGUCCCGAAAUUCUUCCAGCCCAAGAAUGGCAAAAGCAGAGUGUGGAUAGAGAAGGAUGAAACUAGUCUUAUGGUGCCAAUUUUCAAGGGCGCAAUAGAUGUAUUAAUUUGCGUCUAGGACAGCGAUACGACACACCGGAUUCAAUGGCACUGUGGGUUUGUCCUUCACCUCAGCGAGGAGACGGGCAUUCAACCACUGACAGGAGAUCUUAUUUUCUAUUACCACCUUUUUCGUAGGCCCGGCGGCUGGGGAAGCGGCAGGGCGGGAGACAGUGGUGGGCGAGGGAGAAGUAAACGAAUGUGCAGGCAAGAUAGGAGCCGCUGGGGAAAAAACCUCCUAGUCCUUUUAUUCGCGUAAAUUCAGAAAUUCAUGCAUGAAAGAAUCCGACACUUCCUCUGGAGGAGGAUGGACCCCUAUUU